AUGAGACCAAGCACACUCAUCCUCGCAGCAGUGUGCUCUCACGCCGCACAGGAGACCAGCGACGUCACGACAAUUUUCGUCGGCGGCCUGCCGUCGAGCGGAACCAGAGUCGCCGCCGAGGCGCUCGCGCACCUGGGCGCCAGGGGCUGGGGCGACGCGGCCUGGGACUCGGGCGUCGGCUGCUGCGAGGCCAUGGGCUUGCUGGCGCGGCGCGUGCGGUCAGCAAGCGAGCUGCCGACGAGUCGCGCGUUCCUGUCUCGUUCAGAUUCAGCAGCGUUGGACGGGAUCCUGCGCAAGCAAUUGCAUACGUAUCGCCGCGGACGCCUCACGAAGUUCCACGCGCGCACGGCCGACGGCGGCGAGGCGCUCCUCGUCAAGGAACCUGAACUUUCGUUGUUGUUGCCGUGGUUACCCCUAUCGAACGCGUCCUACGUCCACGUCGUGCGGGACGGCCGCGACCAGGCGCUGGGGGCGUCGUCUGGCUGGCCGCUAGAAUUGUUCGGCGAGGCGCUCGUGCCGGACAAGCGGCCGUCGCACCUGCGCAAGCUCACGAUCUGGGCGAUUUGGAACACAGCCACCGAUGCGACCCUCGCCAAUCUCGCCCUACCGUCGGUCGUCGUGCGCUUGGAGGACCUACGCGGCAAGCGCGCUGCGUCGACGCUCCGCCGGAUGGCAGAUGCCGUGCUGCCGGGCGCGGUGAAUGUCGCGGCCGCCGUCGACGCGCUCUCGGGCGACCUCGGCACGAGCGGUAAAGAGGGAACGGGCUCCCUCGCUCGCAAGGACACGGUCGCGAAGUGGCGCCGCUCGAGGCAUCGCUUCGACGCGAUGGACGACCUGUCCAAGAGGGCGCUGCGGAAGUACGGCUACUCCGUUCGAGAACGGCGGCGGCGUAAGCCUUCUUAG